UGUCUCACGGUGAGGGCAGGGCCUGCCGGGUGUUCUUUCAUGGAUCUGGUUUUUGUGCGGACACGCGUUCAGAGUGUCCUGCUGCUGCUGUGGAAGCAGAUAGUUAUUUUUGGUAUCUGACAUUAAAGCUCACCCUUCGCGGUGUUAGCGGCCCCACAAAGCUGCUACAGCACCGGGGUUUUACUGGACCUGUUUGUUCGCCCUCUUGCACUUUGUGAGCAGACCGAGAAAUAAUGACGAAUAUUCCUUAUCACCGGGACUGAGCAGCACGGGACACGUGACCUGUUGUGAGCUGUAAGAGGAGAGGUGUUGUGCAGAAACAGCAACCCAGCCACCAUGACCAAAGAGGAGGAGAUCCCUGACUGGGUGGGAGCCCAUGAGUUCUACGACAAGUAUGAGCCCAAGGAAAUUCUGGGAAGGGGAGUGAGCAGUGUGGUGCGUCGCUGCGUCAGCAAACAGACGUCUCAGGAGUAUGCGGUGAAGAUCAUCGACAUCACCCCAUCUGACAAAACAACUCCACAGGAGAUCGAAGAGAUCAGAGAGGCGACCGUGAAGGAGAUAGACAUCCUCAAGAAAGUUUGCGGGCAGAACAAUAUCAUACAGCUUAAAGACUGCUAUGAAUCCAAAGCCUUCUUCUUCCUGGUUUUUGACCUGAUGAAGAAGGGUGAACUUUUUGACUACCUGACAGAGAAAGUUACUCUGAGUGAGAAGGAAACCAGGAAGAUCAUGCGUGCUCUGAUGGAGGUGGUCCAGCAUCUCCACAGCCAGAACAUCGUCCACCGGGACCUGAAGCCAGAGAACAUCCUUUUAGAUGACGAGAUGAACAUUAAACUCACCGACUUCGGCUUCGCUGUGCAAAUCAAGCCGGGACAGAAGCUCAAAGAGGUGUGUGGGACCCCUGGUUACCUCGCUCCUGAGAUCAUCGCGUGCUCCAUGGACACAGGGCACGCAGGAUAUGGUGCUGCAGUCGACAUAUGGAGUUCAGGGGUGAUCAUGUACACGCUGCUUGCAGGCUCUCCGCCCUUCUGGCACAGGAAACAGAUGCUGAUGCUACGUAUGAUCUUGGCCGGGAGCUACGACUUCUCAUCUCCAGAAUGGGAAGACCGCUCAGACACCGUUAAAGAUUUGAUCUCUCGGAUGCUGGUGGUGGACCCAAAGCAGCGAUUCACAGCUACCGAUGUUCUCAACCACUCAUUCUUUUCCCAGUAUGUGGUGGAUGAAGUACGAGAGUUCACUCCAUACAGGCGCUUCAAGGUCAUUUGCAUGACUGUUCUCGCCACAAUGAGAAUCUACUGCAACUACCGCCGUGCCAAGCCCGUCACAAAGGACGUGAUUCAGAGUGACCCGUAUGCUGUAAAGCCCAUUCGCAAGCUCAUUGACGCGUGCGCAUUCAAGAUCUACGGCCACUGGGUCAAGAAGGGCCAAACUCAGAACAGAGCAGCACUUUUUGAGAACACUCCCAAAGCCAUCCUGCUGACGCUGGCCACUGAGGCAGACGAGCCGGUCCACCACAUCUGGUAACGAGCACGUUACUCAGGACGGAUCUGCUGGAUGCACUCCUACUCUGUGAGACUUUUUGUACUCUUCUCCAUCGUGUAAAACAUAACCACCUAAUGCAAGACACGGUUAAUUCAAGUUUGUCUUUAAUGUGGAGAGCAUACUUUGCUCAUGAAUUUAGAAUUUUGAAAGGCCACAUUGGUUAUUACAGUAGGAUUGAUUUCCCUCAACACCACCUCACUAAGUGCGGCAAACAAGACAUCCGCCACAACGCCACUGUUCAACACUUUCUAUCCUCUGAAAAUUUAGUUUUUUCUUUAAGCCAUCAGCCACUAUAAUAUGUUAUCAACAAGAUUGUGUCUUUAAGACAAUGUCCAUAUUACAGAUGUGGACACAAGGUUUCCCCCUCUUUUUGUAUGAAAUAUUGAUGAAAACAGCAGCCAAAGCAAAACUUCUGGAAAGAACCUACAUAAUUUAGUUAAUAUUAAAGUAAACCUGUGUAUUUGAAAUGGUAGUUACUUACACAUUUGUGCACCAUGUGGCCAUUUAAAAAUUAUGCAAUAUGCACUCAAUUACUUACUGUACUGUAACGGCUUCAAGGAAAGAUAGCAGCACUUUAAAAUGUAUGCUAUGGAUUUAUUUAUUAAAAUGUGCGUUUAAUUUAAA